CUAUCCACCUGCACACGCCGCUUCCCAGCCACUUGAGCGGCGGAAGCUCGUCCGUAUUUAACCCUCUCUUCUUCCCUCUGGAUCAACUCAUUCGCUUUCUUUUGCAUCUUCCCCCCGCAGUGGAGAGUACACAACUAUUAACGGAGAGCAACUUCAGACCGUCAAGUUCACUUGAAUCCAUCCCAGGUUCGUUCGGCUCCGGCCGGGAUAACCGUGCGGGAUCUGCUGCGGAGGACACACACGCCGGCUCACGACUGCGUGCGCCCGGGCACAGACGCUCCGAGCACCCCCGGGGGCUGGAUGGUUGUACAUUUUUUUUUUUUUUUUUUUUUUGACCGCUUCUAUCUCGACUUGCUUUGGAACUAACUAAACGGAAGCUCCCGGAUUCUCCUCCCCCUCGGUUAGAGAGAGACAAUGUUGUGGGACAGCCUGUGCUGUCUGCUGGCCCUGCUGGCCUCAUCGUCCGCGGGGCUGCCCCCGGCCUUGGAGCCGCAGUCCGCCCCCAGGAUCUUCCUGUCCUUCAAAGAGUUAAAGUCGACCGGCACUGCUCACCACUUCUCCUUCUUGCUGAACUCAAGCGACUAUCGAAUUCUUCGCAUGGACGAGGACCACGACCGCAUGUAUGUGGGCAGCAAAGAUUAUAUCCUGUCUCUGGAUCUGCACGACAUAAACAAGGAGCCACUCAUUAUCCACUGGCCCGUUGCCCCUCAGAGGAAGUCUGAAUGUGUCCUGUCUGGAAAAGACACCAAUGGCGAAUGCGGGAACUUCAUCCGUCUGAUCGAGCCGUGGAACCGCACUCAUCUGUACGUGUGCGGAACGGGAGCGUACAACCCCAUCUGCACGUAUGUGGACCGCGGACGCAGGUCGCAGGGAUCCUCCUACCUCCAGGCCCCUAAAUAUGGAGGAAGAACCAAUCGGGCAGCAGACCAGAGUGCCACGUCAGAGCUUUUGGAGGCCAAGGAAUAUAUUUUCCGCCUUGAGCCGGGCAAAGUGGAUUCUGGGAAGGGAAAAUGUCCUUUUGACCCCAAACUGAACAGCGUCUCCGCUUUGAUCAAUGGCGAGUUGUAUGCGGGAGUCUACAUCGAUUUCAUGGGAACAGACUCUGCUAUCUUCCGUACACUGGGAAAGCAGACAGCCAUGAGGACCGAUCAGUACAACUCCAGAUGGCUGAACGACCCCACAUUCAUCCACGCACACCUCAUCCCCGACAGCGCCGAGAAGAAUGACGACAAGCUCUACUUCUUCUUCCGCGAGAAGGCCACCGAGAUGGGCCAGAGUCCCAUGAGCCAGUCCAGAAUCGGGCGGAUCUGCUUGAAUGACGACGGCGGCCACUGCUGUCUGGUGAACAAGUGGAGCACUUUUCUGAAGGCCCGUCUCAUCUGCUCGGUGGCUGGAGCCGACGGUGUCGAGACGCACUUUGACGAGCUCAGGGACGUUUACAUCCAGCCGACGCAAGACACCAAGAAUCCUGUCAUCUACGGAGUCUUUUCAGUUUCCGGAUCUGUGUUUAAGGGCUCGGCGGUGUGCGUCUACUCCAUGGCAGACAUCCGCAUGGUCUUCAAUGGUCCUUUUGCUCACAAGGAAGGACCCAACUACCAGUGGGUGGCCUACACAGGGAAGAUCCCUUACCCCAGACCUGGCACUUGUCCCGGAGGCACGUUCACCCCCAACAUGAAAUCCACCAAGGAUUACCCGGACGAGGUGAUCAACUUCAUGAGGAACCACCCCACCAUGCACAACGCCGUGUACCCGGUACACAAGCGGCCACUGGUGGUCCGCACCAACGUGGACUACGAGUUCACCACCAUCGCCGUGGACCAAGUGACGGCAGCCGACGGGAGCUACGAGGUCCUCUUCAUGGGCACAGAUCGCGGCACAGUGCAGAAGGUGAUCGUGUUGCCUCGGGACGACCUUCAGACUGAGGAAUUGGUUUUGGAGGAAGUGGAGGUCUUUAAGGUUCCCACCCCGAUCAUCACCAUGAAGAUCUCGUCCAAACGCCAACAACUGUACGUGGCGUCCGUACUGGGCGUCACCCACCUGGCUCUCCACCGCUGCGACGUGUACGGCGAGGUGUGCGCCGACUGCUGUCUGGCUCGGGACCCGUACUGCGCCUGGGACGGAAAAUCCUGCUCCAGAUACUCGGCGUCGCAGAAGAGACGCAGCCGUCGUCAGGACGUCAAGUACGGCAACCCCAUCCGCCAGUGCAGAGGCUAUAACUCCAAUGCCAAUAAGAAUACUCUGGAGACAGUUCAGUAUGGCGUGGAGGGCAGCACCACAUUCUUGGAGUGCCAGGCAAGGUCCCCCCAUGUUUCUCUCAAGUGGCAUCUUCAGAAAGAGAACAGCGACAGGAGGAAAGAGAUUCGCUCGGAGGGCCGCAUCCUGAAGACGGACCAGGGCCUCCUCAUCCGCUCCCUGCAGCCGUCGGACAGCGCCGUCUACCAGUGCACGUCCACGGAGAAGAACUUCAAGCACACGCUGGUCAAGCUGCAGCUGGUGGUGCUCUCCAGCCGCACCGUCAACAACGUUCUGGUGGAGACGGGCGCGCCGUCCCUGGCCCUGGCCCCGCUGCAGUCCAGCGCCUGGACGCCGAGCGCCGGCCAGUACAAAGACCUGCUGACCAUCCUGAGCCAACCGGAGAUGGGCCUGAUCAACCAGUACUGCCAGGACUACUGGCAGCUGGGGGACGGCGGCGGCGGCGGCGGCGGCGGCGGCGGCCUGGGGGACGGCAAAGCCAAGAGUCUAAAGGAGCUGAAGGAGCAGAAGAAGCCGCGCAACCGCCGGCAUCGCGACGACGAGACGAGCCCCGCCGAGACAUGAGGAGCCGCAAACAACCAGCCGCGAGCACCUCCCUAAACGCUACACUAUCCCGCCGAUGUUCAGGAGUGACUCAUAACGGACGCAAUACAGCAGAAAAGACAAAAACACAAUAUUUAUUGUAGGUUGUAAAAAGUCAUUCUUUGUACCCAUCUAGGGAAAAAAAACGUUUUUUUUUUUGUGAAUAGGAAGCUGUUGUUAUUAUUCUAAUGUUCUGGUUAGUGUUGCUGACGAUGUGUAUCAUGUUGAGGAUUAGGUCUUUUUUCUUUUUUUUAUGUUUGGUGUUUUGGGAGCAUCCACGCAAACGGACGAGGACUGAAAGCGGAACUUGGACAAGAACGCUCCUCUCGAAAGCUGUUAAAAGACGGCACAGAAAGAGCAUUUUUCAGGACCACGCAAACGCCCGCUGACUUCAUGUUCCAGCGCCCGCCCUAAUUCCUAAUAUUACAUUCUUACUUAACACACCCCGCACCACAGGAUAAUCUCUUAUGGUAAUGUUUUGGAAGCAUCUAACAAUCAGGGCUUUGCUGAGUUGGACCGCAAAAAGGGUUAGGAAAAAAUGCUUCAAUUCUGUCUGAUUAUCGUUAUGUUUGUAGCCCGCUUCAGUUCAUCUUUCCAUCUAAAUGCAUCUUCAACAACAUGCGAUCAUUGUACUGGGGGACAAACUGUCUUUCAAUCUUGUCUCCAAAAUGCAGACUCCAGUAGGCAGCUAUUCUUGAGGGAGUGGGGGGGACAAAAACAAAGCAAAGGACUUUCUGUCGCCAAACACGGACAAAAGUAUUGGGAGAUGUCUCUUAAAGGGGAUUUGUUUUUUCUUAUUUUCUUUUUUUAGUUGAGGCGGGACCGUCGUAAACCCUCUUUGAGCAAUGGAAAUUGAAAUGGAAUGGUAUUUCCACUAUACCUCUUUGAUUCUUUUGGGAUUUUUUUUUAAACACCUUAGUUUCCUCUGAGAUAUUUGGGACAAUUCUAACCUUCCAAUUUUGUGGAGUCUAUAAAAGAUUGACGUGGGGCACAAAAUAUUGGCGGCGGGGGGAGAAAAAUGUCUUCACAGUAGUGCGUGUUGUCGCGCUUCCUGAGUGACAGAUAGCGGCCACAUGUCCCAACAUUUUUGUCUGUGUGGGAUCUGUGGUAUAUGCGAUGUGGUCAUGAAAGUGUGGGGGGGGGGGGGUACAUUUUGAUAUGGAUUUGAUAUGACACACACAAGCACAUAUGCUCACACACUAAUACAUACACUCUCCAACGAGCACACAAUUAGAUACGCACACGGUGGCACACACACAGACACUUAACACACACGCAAGCACUCACCAAACACAGCCGAUCGAACAUUUUCUGGGGCACUUUUGGCCGCACACAAAGCGGGGGGCACAUGCCCCCCCCGGGCCCCCCAAGGUUCUGCCCGCCUCUGACGCACACACAUGCACACAUAGACAAGCGCACACAGACGCGAGCCCACCAAACACACACACAUCCGGUCACGAAAGGGGGCGAUUGCAGUUUGAUGUGGCUUAUUUUCAUUUUAUAAGUUCAACUUUGCAUUCCUGCCGCUUUUCACGCUUUGUUGUCCAAAUUGCGCCGCCGGUGCGACUGAAUGAUAUCAAGAGUUAUGAUUCAUUCAUCUUUGACUCAUUCAUAUACAGUACCAUUAAUGGGGGGGGGGGUCAUAGAAAAGGUACAACCAUACGCAGUUUUGGCAGGGUGUCUUUUGGUGGUGCAUGGCAUGUACAGUGUGUGUAUCCAGUGUUUGUCUAAAAAGAGGCUCUGUUCCUGUGAAUGUCGGUGAAUGUCUUUCUCAUUGUGGGAAUAUAGAAAUAAUAUCAAAGGGAAAAAAAAAGAAAAAAGAAUAUGGGCUCCGAUUUUUUUUAAGAGAGUGUUGCAGUCCAGAUUGUACUUAUAUUUGAAAUUUUAUUUUCUGUGUUUUGCAGACUUCCCUUGGGGUCAUUGGUGCAAAGUAAUGACUGAUAGGAUGCGCACUUGUUAUAAUGACUCGUGAAAAAAAUAAUAAUAAUAUUAAAUCUUCCCCAUCAA